AGAGACAUGCGCGUCAGGCAGCGAGAGAAAGAGAAAAACAUUUCUGCACUUCUGAAGCUCAACUUCACUUCUUCAGCUCGACAGACCUGCCGUUUCCUUCAGGUUUUACUUUCUCUGUCUGGGCGCUGUUUCUUAUUUGCCCGCGGAAACGGAGAGCAGAUAUUGAGGCGCGUUUGAAGUAGCAGAAUGUAACAUGAAACGAGGAUAGAAAGUUUUCAAAUCGAGCUCAUGUAAGGGACUCUAUGACCGAGCGAUGCUUACUGGCUAAAUUAAGCCUCAGAAGCUUCAAAAAAAGAAACCCAGAGGCGUUCAAGUCCUCGUUUUCCAUUGAUAGAAUGAGAGUUGAAUGAGGAGCUGGAUGACAAUGGAAGCCACUUUGUUAAGCAUCACGCUGGCAUCCUGAUUGCUCAGCCGUGGAGUGACACUCUCAAUCCAACAUGUGCAACAAGUGCUGGAAAUCACACAGCCAGCCAUGAAGCAUGCUAUCCGGAUUGCAUGUUUUUAGAGGGAAACUUAGCGAAAAAUAGGCGCCUUAUUCUUGGGUCCAAUUUCGCUACCUCGUACACCACGGAUUGCACAUGACUGCGGCGAUUCUGCUCACCUGCCUUAGGACAGAAGAAUAUUGCGUUUAAUUAAAACACAACCUGCUCACUCACUGGAUAUCAGCCACGGUUUCCAAGCUUGUCAGUUUUACACGGUUUACUUUCAAUCUGUGGAAGAAACUAAUGUCUGCCAGUAGUAGCACCUUUCCUCUGACCUUACCUAAACCCUUCGCCCACUCUCAGCAUCAGACUGCACCCCCAACCCCUUCUCCAUCACCCAGCCCUCCGGUGCCACUCUGUGUCCGUCUCUCCAAUGGGAAUCACAGCGUUCCGAGCCCCACCAGCUCCCUCCACGGAGUGUCCUUCCUCCUUCAGAUCGGACUUACCAGGGAGAUGGUCACCCUGGAGCCACACGAUCUGUCCCUCAGUUCUGUGAUGGAUUUGGUCUGCUCCAUAGUCGAUCAAAAGUUCCCAGAAUGUGGAUUCUUUGGCUUGUACGAUAAGAUCUUGCUCUUCCGCCAUGAUCUGAACUCGGACAACAUCCUCCAGCGGCUGACGUCGGCAGAGGAUAUCCAUGAGGGAGAUCUGAUUGAGGUCGUCCUGUCUGCUCAAGCUACAGUGGAAGACUUCCAGAUCCGACCCCAUGCGCUUUACGUCCACUCCUACAAAGCGCCCACCUUCUGCGACUACUGCGGAGAGAUGCUGUGGGGACUCGUCCGACAGGGCCUCAAAUGUGAAGGAUGUGGCCUGAACUAUCACAAGCGAUGCGCCUUUAAGAUCCCUAACAACUGUAGCGGUGUAAGGAAAAGACGUCUUUCAAACGUGUCUCUGCCUGGCCCGUCGCUGUCUGUUCCUCGUCCUGCUCCAGCAGAGCAUGCUGUCGUGAGCCUGGAAGAUCAGCGCCAUCAGGAGCCAGGGAAGCGGAUACCGUCAUGGAGCGGUCGGCCAAUCUGGAUGGAGAAGAUGGUGCUGGGGCGGGUGAAGGUCCCUCACACCUUUGUCAUUCACACCUACACCCGCCCCACCAUCUGCCAGUUCUGCAAACGGCUGCUCAAAGGGCUUUUCCGCCAGGGCAUGCAGUGCAAAGACUGUAAAUUCAAUUGCCACAAGCGAUGUGCUUCAAAGGUACCGAAAGACUGUCUUGGAGUCUUCAAUGGAGAGCCUGCCAGCCCAGGUCCUGACUCUGAUACCACGAUGGAAGUAGACAGCAGUGAUGUGAACAGCGAUAGCAGUCGGGGUCUGGACGAUUCAGAGGAACCAACCACUCCAGAAGACAAGAUCUUCUUUAUGGACUCCCCCUUCAUGGACCGUGAGAAAGAUGAAGAACCUGUGAAAACCAUCAGCCCCUCUACCAGCACCAAUAUCCCCCUGAUGCGUGUGGUCCAAUCCAUCAAACACACCAAGCGGAGGAGCUCCACUUUGGUCAAAGAGGGCUGGAUGGUGCACUACAACAGUCGAGACAAUCUUAGAAAGAGACACUACUGGAGACUGGACAGCAAGAGUCUGACUCUGUUUCAGAAUGACUCAGGAGCCAAGUAUUACAAAGAGAUUCCCCUAUCGGAGAUCUUGCAGGUGGAGGUUGCGCGUGACUUCAGUAGUUUAGCCCUGGGGGGCAAUGCGCACUGCUUCGAGGUCAUCACCGCAACCAUGGUGUACUACGUAGGGGAGAACACCGGCGGACCCCACAUCCACAACCCUGCGCUGGCUGCCGGUGGCGUGGGGCUGGAGGUGGCCCAGGGCUGGGAGAGGGCCAUCCGCCAGGCCCUGAUGCCUGUUCCAGUUACACCACAGCCCAGCAUGGGCGCCGCUGCAGGACAGAGUAAAGAUCACAAGGAACUGUCCAUCAGCAUUUCUGUAUCUAACAGUCAAAUCCAGGAAAAUGUGGAUAUCAGCUCAAUCUAUCAGAUCUUUGCUGAUGAAGUGUUGGGUUCUGGACAGUUUGGCAUCGUUUAUGGAGGGAAACAUAGAAAAACAGGCAGAGAUGUGGCCAUCAAAGUAAUAGACAAGAUGAGAUUCCCCACCAAACAGGAGAGCCAGCUGAGAAAUGAGGUUGCCAUUUUACAGAAUUUGCACCAUCCUGGCAUUGUAAACCUGGAGUGUAUGUUUGAGACUCCAGAAAGAGUCUUUGUUGUCAUGGAGAAACUCCAUGGAGACAUGCUGGAGAUGAUCUUGUCCAGUGAGAAGAGCAAACUUCCAGAGCGCAUCACCAAGUUUCUGGUCACACAGAUCCUUGUGGCUUUGCGACAUCUCCAUUUCAAGAACAUUGUUCACUGUGACCUGAAGCCAGAAAAUGUGCUGUUGGCAUCUGCGGAGCCGUUUCCUCAGGUAAAGUUGUGCGACUUUGGGUUUGCUCGGAUCAUCGGGGAAAAAUCUUUCCGGCGUUCAGUGGUGGGCACACCAGCGUAUCUGGCCCCAGAGGUGCUGCGCAGUAAAGGCUACAACCGUUCCCUGGACAUGUGGUCAGUGGGAGUCAUUAUCUAUGUCAGUCUGAGUGGCACCUUCCCCUUUAAUGAGGACGAGGACAUUAACGACCAAAUCCAGAACGCAGCGUUCAUGUACCCAUCAACACCCUGGAAAGAGAUCUCUGCAGAAGCUACAGAUCUGAUCAACAACCUUCUCCAAGUCAAGAUGAGGAAACGUUACAGUGUGGAUAAGACCCUCAGUCAUCCGUGGCUACAGGACUACCAGACGUGGCUCGAUCUGCGAGAGUUUGAGACGCGCCGAAGGGAACGCUACAUUACUCACGAGAGCGACGAUGCACGCUGGGAAAAGUACGCUUACGAGCACAGCCUGGUGUAUCCGAAGCACUUCAUCAUGGCUCCAAACCUCGAUGAUAUGGACGAGGACCCCUAGUGGCCAUAGGAGCCGAACUGAAAACGAGGUCAGUUGAAGGCAGCUACCUGUUAAUGGUCUGUUGCUAUGGAGAUUGAAACACAUCAGCAAUCUGAAGCAGCCUUUGAGGGGAGCAGACUACUCUCUGGAUGUCAGCAAGAGUCAUGGAAACUGCGGAUCCACCUGCUAAUGAAGAUGAAGGCUGUUUUAGAGUGUGGAAAUGUUCGCUGGGAGUGCAUUCAGGAGUCUUAAUGACUGUUCUUUUCCAAACGGUGCUGUUAAGUUUGUUUCUUACUCGUGUUACAAUAGAAACUCACGUUACAAUAAUAUAAAGGUUAGUAACAGAUGUGAAUGAAGUAAAACAAAACAUACUGGGGAGAGCGAUGCAGUCGUUUAUAUUAGUGUUUACAGCCUUUCAUUUCGAAAGCAUCAAACUGGAAAAUGCGUUUUUUAAUUCCUAUUCUUCUAUGAUAUUCUAAUAACAAAAGGGUCAUUUUUUAGUUUUUUGCACUAAACAAUACAACCACUGCAGCUGGUACAAUUAAGUGGAUCAUGUGAGGUAACAGCACACCAUUCUUCAAGAAUCCAGAAGAUCGCGCUUGUGUCGUCAGAUGAAACAAGAACUGCACUUAAGCAUGUUUGAACUCUGAAUUGAAUCUGCCAGACGGAAUGGGAGAUAUUAUCCUCAGCGGACCAAAGACAUUCACGUCUAUCGUGACUCUGGUUCUUACCUUGUUUUAGAGCUGUUGUCCUCAGAGCCAUUCUGUUUAUUUAUUCCUCAUACUGCGAUUUUAAAAUCGAAUACCAGCUAAGCAGUGCAGAAAGAUGUGUUGGUCAAAAGCCCUAUUGUGAGAAAGCUUUAUGACUUAUUAGCAAAGCUGUUUUUAAUACAAAAAAA